GUCUUCUUUCUCGGCUUCUCGCUUCCUUCUCCUUUUCUUCCUCUCCUCCCCACUCUCAAUUCCUUCCUCGUUCGGUUGUUCCUUCCCACUUCCUCUCUCUCGCGCGCCUGUACUACUUUUGAAGCCGCAAGGUCAGAAGAGAGGAUCCACCUCUCAGUUCGAUUUUCGGUGGCUGAAGUCCUUCUACCUCGGGGGGUUUGAGCGUUUUCCUUGAUAAAUUUGUGUUUCUUCGAGAGUUUAUUUUUUGUGUUUUCUCUUGAGAGAUUCGUGCGAAGGACGUCGUCUUCGGUCCAUUUUCUUGGGUAGUCGAAUUGCUCUUAUACAGCGUCAAAGCAUCCAACUUUGACUUCUCCGUGGUGGCUUCUUCUACUACUCUGUGUUGUCGAGGAGACAAUUUAAUCUUUAUUUAAUUGGGUUGGAUGCUUGUUCAAGUUGCAGUUGAAAGGGUAGCAGAAGACACCAUUAAUCCUGGUGAUUUUGGUGCUUAUCUGCUGAAUAAUUGAGGGUCAAAGUAACCAUUUGCAGUUCUUACUUCUCGUUUUCUUGGGAAGAUUUGGUGAAUUUCGUUGCAGGACAGAGCUUCCUUCAAUCCUCCCUCCUUGUUUUUAUGCAUUUGGGUGGUUGGGGAUAUCUUCACUUUAUCCUCGCUGCAAAAAGACUAUAAACUUGGGAGUUCCUAUGAUAUCCAUUUCUUGUGAGGAUUUGAUCUUGAUUCUGUUGGUUCUUGGUGAGGUGGUUGAGAUGAAAGGAGUACUAUGCUAACUCAUCGAGGAAAGAACAGCACAGUCAGUACUGUUCUAAGGAAAAGCUGACAUUUCUGUGCUUUUCUUUGGAGGACUGCGGUCUGUUCCUGCAAGAAUUUGUGUAAAAAGGGUGGUAAUUCUAGAUUUCUACAAUUUUUGCACAGGAGAAGCUCGAUUCCACCUUGCAGAUCCAAUGGCGCAACCUGAAAUUCCUGCAUUUGGGGAUUGGGAAACCACUGGAAACACACCUUACACACAAAAGUUCGAGGAUGCACGGAAGAACAAGAAAACAGGAAUUCUUGCACAACCAAAUGAUCCAAGGAGGGAUCUGGAACCUCCUCGCAAGUCGCCUUUGCACCCAACGGUCUACAAAACUAAUCCUCAAGACCAAGGUCCAAGGAACCCACCACAUCGACCAAGACCUGAACUUGACAACCAACGACACUCUGACCGGCCUACUCACCGUGAGUCUGCACCACGAAGACAUUCAAAUCUUCAGAGAGAACAAGGGAGUAAUGCUGGGACACCAAGAAGCCCCUACAGAACAGCUGCUGGGUCUGCUUCACCAAUGCAGCCAAACAACCAAUCAAAGCCAAAGCACAGGUCAACUGGAAUGCAGACUCCAGAGAGGAGGGCAUCUUCAGAGGGGCUUGGCCAGCAUACACCUGGAAGGAGCAGGAUGAAGCCGGGUGGCUAUGAGCCUGAAGAAGUGGCUGUACCACCCUUUGGCGAAUGGGAUGAUGCAAAUGCAGCAUCAGGUGAAAAGUACACUGGUAUCUUCAACAGGGUGAGGGAUGAUAGGUUGUCACCUACCUCUUCUGCUAGGCAACCGUCUACUACUCGUAGUGAAGAGAAUAAGGUGCAACAGAAAUGUUCUUGCUGCAUACUUUGAGAAAAUAAGGACAGGAUCUCGAAGAGUUCUAGACAACUUCCUAUGCUGCUCCUGUGAUGAGAUCCCUAUCUUGUAACUCUUCCUGUGCUAGUUGUCAUGUUUGUUAUUGUUGGUGUGAUUAUGUAUCUGUAGAUGGAUUGUUUCAUUUGAGCUCUUCAAUUAUUACAAGGAACAUAUAUAUGAUACCUAGAAUUGUAAAGUAUGGAGUGAGCAAUUUCUUUGCAACAAUAAAAGGUUUAUCGAAUGGGCUCUGGAAUUCCA